AUGGCGCUAGACAUGAACAUACAGGAGUUGUUGGUAAUCGGGGACUCCGAUUUGCUCAUAAAUCAAGUUAAAGGAAAUUGGGCGACCAAAAAUGUUAAGAUACUCCUAUAUGUGAAUCUGGUACAAAGAUUGUGUGAGAGAUUCAAGAGUAUUGACUUUAGGCAUACUCCGAGGGCUCAGAAUGAGUUCGCAGACUCAUUGGCUAUAAUAUCGUCUAUGAUCCAGCACCCUGAGAGUACCCAUAUUGAUCCAUUAGAGAUCACACUGAGAGAAGAACAGGCUCACUGCGCUCAUGUCGAGGCCGAGCGUAUGGCCAACCAUGGACAGCAGAUACACCACCAACUGGUUUACUCACAGCAAAGGCGGAAGGCAAAGCUCAACCCAGUGGAGAGAGACCAAAAGGGUCACAACAGGACGGGUAAUAAAGACACAUCUGGCCGCAAGGGUCAUAGAGCAAAUGAGCGUAAAGAUGAAUCCGACCAAAAGGGUCACACAAAGGGUGAACAACAAAAAAUAUCAGACCGAGAGGGUCACAAUUGA